GAGACACCAUUCAAGGAAGUGUUAUGAAGAGUCCGGAGAGGACGAAAAACUGGAAUUAUCGAUCAACUUUGGAAUGAUUACCUUAAUUUAAAUGAGUUAUAUGAUAAGUCUGUAUAGGUGGAAUAUGCUUAUGUACAGAAGACCUUUGUGGUGAAGGAUCCCAGGAGUUAUAUGUGAUAUCCUGUUACUGUACAGUUCGGAUUAUCCUGUCCAGGACAAAAUGCAUUGAUUACUUUACCUGCAAAUUCUCGUCUGUUUUUCUGCCUUUAAGAGUUUCAUGAUGAGUUUCGUGAGGUACUUGUUGUGCAACAGGAAAGUCUUUUGCAUAUGUAAAUCUCAGUGUGCAAAUGCAUUAAUUUCCAGUCAUGGCAGCCACAGAAGACUGUUUAGUACAACCAGCAGCCGCAUGACUGUUAUGCCCGCCUGGGUCAUUGAUCAAUAUGGAGGCAAUGACGUUUUGCGGUUCACUAAAAAUGCCAGUUUCCCUGUCAUCAACUACCCCAAUGAGGUCAUAGUCAAGGUGUUUGCUGCAGGACUCAACCCACUGGAUGUCAGUAUGAGAGGUGGUUACGGUGCUGCUACUCUCUCUAUGAAGAGAGACCCUCUGAAUAUCAAGCAGUCGGGCAACGAGUUCCCUCUGAUCCUGGGCAGGGACGUGUCUGGGGUCAUCAUGGAGUGUGGUCUGGAUGUGAAGUACUUCACAGAACGAGAUGAGGUGUGGGCAGCCAUCCCACCAUGGAAACAGGGCAGCUUGGCUGAGUUUGUGGUGUUGAGCGCCAAUGAGGUGUCCCACAAACCAAAGACACUGAGUCACACAGAAGCAGCAGCCAUUCCUUAUGUAGCAGCUACUGCCUGGUCAGCAUUGGUCAACACCGGCGGCCUCACCAAGGACAACUGUGCCAAGAAAAGGAUUUUAAUCCUUGGUGGAUCUGGGGGAGUUGGGACCUUCGCCAUUCAGAUGGUGAAAGCUUGGGGAGCCCAUGUGACCGUUACCUGCUCCCAGAAUGCCGAGCGGUUUGUAAAGGGACUAGGGGCAGACCAUGUGGUGGACUACACUGCAGGACCUGUGGAGGAACCCCUUAGUGCACUGGAGAAAUUUGACCUGAUUCUGGAUAACGUCGGGGGGGACACGGAGCGUUGGGCAUUGAAUCUGCUUAAGCCAUGGAGUGGGGCCAAGUACAUCACUCUGGUAACACCUUUCCUCCAGAACACAGACAUGCUUGGCAUUGCUGACGGCAUGAUGCAGACAGCUGCUACCAUGACAACCAAGGCCGUCAAGCACCUGAUGAAAGGAGUUCACUACCGCUGGGGAUUCUUUGCCCCCAGUGGCCCUGCACUGGAUGAGAUAAGGGAAAUGGUGGAUGCAGGACAGAUCCGAGCUGUGGUGGAGGAGACCUUCAGCUUCUCACAGGUUCCCGAGGCCUUCGAAAAGUUGGAGAAAGGUCACGCUCGAGGGAAAACCGUCGUCCAGAUCAGCAAACCGGGAGAUGAGUUAUAGCACUAAGUUCUGGGGACUUAUAAACCAAAACUUCAAACUAACUUAUUUGACUCCAAGCUCUGGGAUAAAUGUAGUCAUGGCUGCAAGAGUAGGACAACGUACAUAAAGUGGGCCAUUGCUUUUGCUUUUUCUUUGUGUGGCCUUUUCUGUGUCUUGUUUGUCCAAUGGCUGAAAAUGCAGAAGUUGGGGACGCUUAAAAGGUUUGGCAUUUUAUACUAGAGAAAAGAAAUAAAUCUAAACUUGAAAAACGGUGUGGGAAUGCUGACACAGUACCGGUGUGGAGUUGUUUUAGAGGUGAUACUAACUGCAGUAAGAGAAACGUGGUCACGUGUGUGUAUUCAUUGCGUAUCUGAACUACUGACACACUUGAUAACCUCCAGUCAAUGCAGCUGCUGCUUGUGCUUAGUAUCAUAUCACUGCCAUUUUAGAACUAGCCCGACAGGUUGGAGUUUGUCCUGGAUACUGGGAAUUGGUGCUAAAUUGGUUGACAUUAAGGUUCCACACACAAAAGCAUAGACCUACAAGAAUGUUGUGGCCCUCAAUAACCUGCAAUGUACCUUAAUUUUGAUAAUAUAAUGUAGAAAUAGGAAAAAAA